AUGUCUGACUAUUCAACUGGAUUGGGAAUUCACUGUCAUCAUUCAUUGUUGACACCUCAAGAACGGGACGACAGCCGCCAUCGGCGUUUUGAGAUGGAGCUUGAACUACUAGAACAUCAUGGAAGUUUGGGAAACCCCCGCGGCGAUAUGUACCUCAUCCUAUUCGCUCUCGCAUCAGAAUUUGAAAACCCCCUCGGUGUUAUUUUUGUAAAUGCACAGAGCGAUAUUAGUAUCAGUUCUUUCAAUACUCUAUAUCUCUUUUGGCUUUUGUAUUUUGUCGAGAAGACCCCACCUAGUGUAGAAGAAGAUAUCAAUGCUCGGUUAGUAUGCAACCCUAACUUCUUGAUUAUUUAUCAAAACUCUAAAAAAAUAUUUACGGGAACCCAUGCGCGCACUCACAGUGCCAUCAAGAGAAAGUUAAUUGUCUCUAAUGACUUCUUGAAGCACCUCAAGCAAAUGGAGCUAUUCCAGAAAGGGCGAGAGUGCCUAUGCAGUAUAUUGCUCUCAACACAGCUUUCAUGCUACCUCCCUGACCUUGUAAUGGAUCUCAUCUCCAGCCCAGCGGCUUCGCCAUCAAGCUCUUCGGGGUCAAUGGUAAACGCUUGUCGGCUGGACAUCGAGUUCUACUCCAUUCCUGCACUUAAGCUCGCAGAUGCCAAAACAACGAAAGAAACCAUCGAUCUCUGGUGCGGGGGCGAUUCCUUCGAACUCCACAAGAAUCUCGAAGCACGCGCAGACACCAACCUCCAAAAAGUGCAAAUGAAGUUCUAUCCACAGGCCGCAUAUCGAUUCGGUGAUUUCGUAGCGAAAUAUGUAUUAAACCAUACGGCAUGGCGAUUGGCGUGUCGCCCUGAAUGGUCUGAAAUUGGUAAGGGAGGACAAUGGUACAGGCGAGAAACGUCGCACAGUGAAGAAAAUAGUGAACAAGAGAUCCAUCGCAUACCUAUAUAUCAACACAGUGCAGUGCCUGCGGUCAGGAAGAUGGACAACCUUCAGCGGAAGUGUGGCUGUUGUGGCGUAACAUCUUUCCUAUUCAAGAUUGCGGUAGCCGUUUUAGGGUGCGGUGAAGCGGAAACUCAGCCCUGCGUCAACCUCCAAUCAUCAUCCACAACGCCUCAGGCAACCUCGCAUCACCAUGUAUCAUUGAACUAUCGUGCAAUCCUCUACAUUUUCCUAGUUCAGCUUGGCUACAGCAUACAAACCGUGCUACCCAGCAUUCCCGCAAUCCUCGCGAGCACGGAGUCUCUUGAGGCGAUCGGUAUGAACGUUUUUGACACGAGGGCACUCGUUCAAACCCGAUUAUCAGGCCCAAAGUCACAGAAACGGAAGGCUCAACAUCGGGUCACGAAGCAUCGCGACAACUGCCCACCUAACGCCCAACCUGAUGGCAUAUUCUCAUGCUUCUCACUAGCAGGUGAGGAUGUUGGCAUUCCUCGGAGAUCUAGGUUCGACCCCACCCGAAAGGAAGAAACUUCUGAAGAGAGCUGUAUGUUGAGACAACAUCGUACCACACACUACUUGCAUCCCAUCUCUAACUUCGUGCAGUGCUCUGGAGAGGACCCAUGCAAGACUUUGUAUCCGGCCUUCCUUCCAGACGAUGAACAUCUUUGGCAGAGGUACGUCCAACAGAUCUACAGCAUGAAGCUUCGAGAUGUUCAUCUCUUCACAGGAAGUCAUUCCCCAGACCAGAAACAUAUCGAGUGGAUCAUGGAAGAUCUUCUUGACGACGAUGUUUCCCUAGACUUCCACAUACCCUUUGCGCUCAACGUGGAAGCUGCAUCAGCACACCUUGCAAGUUGGUUGUCUGAUGAUGACGCUCCUUCUACGUUCAGUGUGGUUGGCGUUUUCUCAUGCAGCACCAACACCAAUCUCUUAGAACACGAACUGGACCCUAAUUUGGGGAAGGAUCUCCGGCUUUUUGUUCACCUUACGACCCACCUGUACACAACAGAUAUGCAGGGUGGGUAUCGUGAAUAUUCGGAUGAAGAAAUUCAAUCAGUGCGCGACUUUGUUGGACAGCGCUUACUACUCGCGCUGGAUACCCUUCUCAGACCCUCGGAGCUCGAAGCAACUGGCGAAAAGCUCGGCAAGUUGAAGGCAUUGUUUUUGUUAAUAUUAGGGACUACGGUUGGGAUGAGGUACACCUGCCCCGAGAUUAUUGACGGCACCGCGUCUGAGGGCCAUGACCUCGAAUCAAAACCCGAGGCCCUCGUACGUCUUUUAUGUCAUUACCUCAUCUACAUCGGAAAAGCCACCUCACUUCUGGAGAAUUCAAGCGACGAAAAGACUUUAGUCGGCAAAUGGAAAAGCCAGUGGAAUAAGCCCGCUGCGUUUACCUGGAACUGCACUAAGGGACUUGAAAUGCACUACCGGAUUGAACCUCCUGCCGACUGGAUAGUUUCCAACUCUGAAGAUGAGUCCAUGAGCAGCAUCGAUAUUGAUCUGGAUGACCUGGACGAUGGCGCAGAGUUUACGCUAAACGGGGACCUCUUGAAGUGCGGAGCGUGUCAGACGUUUUGGUCAAGUCUCGACAAAAACGGGUUUUGCCAGAACUGUCAGCCUGCGUUUAGCAAUGAUUGUGUAUUUCAAAGCCUUGCUUUGGUUGAUCCUCCCAGUUUCACUAGUGAGGACAGCUUCAGCAGCGACAUUAAUUCAAACUGGAAUGCCUAUCAGUAUUAUUACUCGCCAGUGCUCCCUAGCGAUGUGGACACUACAUCCCACCAUACCACCACCGUCUCAGAACCCAAAUGCGACGAACAUCGCAAAACGCUAGAGCCCUUUGUUGGCAGCGGGGCUUCUAAUACUCCUUUUUGUCUGGCCGUGAGAAACCUUGCGGCAUGUCAAAAUGAUCUACUACCUAGCGACAAAGUAACCACUUCAGACACUACCUGUCUAGAUCCACUUACUACGCCUGACGACAGUCCCCUUGAAGGGAGGCCUAAGCGAAGACGAAUUACUAGAAGAGAUCCAGGGGACGUUCCUGACCAUGCAUGUCAACCGGAUUGCCAAGAUGUACAGACCACGAGGAAUCCUAGUUACUGUUCGCAAUGUAAAAUGGUUCCUGAGAAGUUCAUCACAGCAAAUUUACCAACGCAAGAUCUUUGCACUCAUUGCGCACAAAAAUCGCAGAACUUCGACAUACCACCAAUGCUGCAGCUCUCUAGCGACAAGCUCGCAGACAUUUACUCCAACCUAUUUGACAACCCACUUCAAAGCUUGGAAGUGAUGUACAUGUCUCAGACAGGAGCGUGCGCAACCUUCAACGGCAAGAAAGAUAUUCCGGGCGAUAAAAUGGAAAUGACCACUCCACGCCGAAAAUAUCAAUGCGAGGCUCGGACGCUACGCCAAGUACAAAAGGAUCAAUGCACAAAACCAAUCAUGACCGAGUUUUCUCAUUGUCGCUCUUAUAAAACUCUUCGAAAACACCAUUGGUUAGAUUCAACAACUCCACAAGGAGCCACCAGAGCUUCCAAUCCUGUUCCUGCUCUACCUCCAGCGGGCCUACAUGAAACAUUGAAGAGGAAAUGGGCUUGUUCCUAUGUUUCUACAAACAGCACAGAAGACGUUGCACCUUGGAAGCGGUUUAGUGGCACUUGGUCUCAGAGAUUGGAUAUGUCAACACCCUGGAAUAUCGAACCUUUAUGUAAUGAAGCUUGGAGACCCUAUUCACCCCCUCAGGCAUCUUAUAUAACCUGGGGUAACACUUCUACAAACGAGGUAGAAGAGCCUUCCCUUUCCCCUAGCAAUAUUACGCAGGCAGUAUGUGAUGCGCCCUCCGUUGAGGAUCUUUGCGCUAAUGGGGUUCUGAGCCGGGAGAAAGACGGUAUGGGGAUGAAAACGCCUAAACUUCUUAUUUGA